UGAAUGAGUUUUUGGUAUAAGAAUUGUAAACUUUUAAAAUCGGUAGUUUAGUAGAGCGACAGCCACGACUGUCAUCGGAUCGUUCGCUGGACAUAACCGAAUACUCCUAGCAUGGGAAUUAAGGUGAAGUUUGCUUAGAAAACGAAGAACGAAUAUAGAUUUCUCUACCGACGGAUUUCCAUCAAUAAAAUUCUGCACACCAGUCUAGUAAAGUUGGUUGAACUUCUACAAUGAUCGUAACGCAUUUCAUACGGCCGUUGGUGCUAUUCACCAUAUUCUUCACGGCAACUGCCCAAGAGCGAUGGUCUUGGUCAGGUGGUGGAGAUAGCGAACGAAACAACGAUGUAAAAGGCAAUGCUGACCGAUUUAACGUACGAAGCGAUGUAUUAGAGUUUCAGGGUGCAGGAUCAACAGGAGCAACUUCUAAUGGCAAAAGAAAUUCAUUUUCAGAACGACAAAGUCGAUAUGAAGUGAAAGAAACUACCACCAAACGACCAUCAUUCUCGAGACCCCAGAAUGAUGAUUUUUCCGGCGAAUUUGGCGAAGGAAAUCAACCCAAUGAUUUUGGAUUCAAUCAAAAGUUUGGAGGUGGGGGACUUAUUAACGGGCAGUUUGGACCGAACCCGUACGGAAUUAACCAUGGUGUGGGUGGUUUCCCAUUUCAUGGUGGAAACGCACUGGGCGGUGGAUACUAUCCCGGUCAACAGCAGUUCGGGGGCGGAUACGGCGGUCUGGGGCAUGGAGCAGGUGGUAAUGGAAUUCUCGUGGGCCCCGGAGGCCCAACCGGUAUCAUCGGACGUCCCUAUAACCGGUUUCCGUACGGCGGGCACGGAUACUAUCCCGGUGGGAAUGGACAGCAUCCCUAUGGUGGAGGUUUCGGAAAUCCACCAUUCAAUGGACAUCCUGGUGGUGGGUUCUUUUCGCCCGGCGGCUAUCCCUCGGGAGGCUACUUUCCCCAACCGUUCGGUCCAGGUGCGAUAGGGCCCAGACCAUUCGGUUCAUUCCCGGGUGGUUCUCAAUUUGGUCCACAGUUCGACCAAACUCGUCAAGCAACCAAGAAGGUGGAAAAGAAAUCGAUCUAGAAGAGCAACCUGAAGCACCACUUUAGCGCCGCUGGGAUUGUAUUGCAGAGAUUGUUUGAUGAAGUUGUUCGUUGUAUUUUGUUGUAGCAAAAGUCCAAAGCGCUUGUGUUUUUUUGUUUUGUUUUAUUGAUAGCUUUCCUACGCAGACAUUAUUACUUACCGAUU